AGAUUUCCAAGCAAGAGCCGACUUUGGAGAAGUAGUAAAGGAUUUAAGAAACAUACGUUCCUGGUGUAUUGCGUUCACUUACCAAGGAGCUUCUGUCUGCGUAUAUUACUUUGUAUUGAAGAUCAUGGUUGAGUUCUUGUAUCCCAAAACUCGCUCGUCUAAGAGGGAACGUGUUCCUGUCUCUUGCACGGAGUGUCAUCGGCGAAAGAAGAAGUGUAAUCGCCUCUUGCCUUGUAGGGAUUGUAGUGAUCGUGGUAUACCGCAGCUUUGCCGGUAUAUGGAGUCGAGGUACGUAUUAUACGACUGAAUUUCGUGAAAUCAUUGAUCACUGAUCCUCUCAUAGUAUCUCGAAUACCCCCGGUGUUACACAGGCUGCACGAAGCGCAGUCACCAACCGACGGUUCAUCACGGACCUGCAGGCGGUUCCUAUCAGUUUAGAGUCGAUUGACGAAUUAGCUGGGUUUUCUGAGACGUUUGGUUCGACGUAUUUCCGGGAUGAGAUAUUACCUGGAAGUGGGUACUCGUUUGGAUUCGAAUCUCAGAAUGGGGAACCUUAUCGUUCGUCAAAGGGCUAUGGCUUGGCUUCUACAUUCUUCAAGUGUCCACAGGAGUUCUCUCUGGGCUUUCCUACUGUUACGAGUGGUGUGCUUUCGAAUCGGAAGAUUCGUGUUCCCGGGGGGAUCAGUCAAUAUUCUACGUUACCGAGUAUACCAGGUGAACCGAUGCCGAAGGAACUCCUCAUCCAUUACUGUACGUCUCACACUUCAAAUUCCUGAUACCUCCAAUAUUCGUUAACACUACAUAGUCAUAGCCCGUCUCGUCCCCUGGCUCAGCUACCUCGACACCACACUAACACCCACCUCCCCGCGCCUCGCCUGGCUCCCCUUCGCCAUCUCCCACGCCCCCCUCUUCCACGCCACACUCCUCGCCGCAGCAGUCCACCUAAACCGGCGGAAACCACUCAAAGAUCCCGGCGCGCUGACAUGGUAUAAGCUCCAGACCAUCCAGCAUGCGAAUGACGUGUUGAACACCGGAACCGUGGAGCAACAGGCGAGUGAUGAGAUGAUUGUUGUGGCGCUUGUGUUGUUGUGUUUUGAUGUCCGGGAGGUGAUUUGUACACAAGAGUUUGAGGUCCAUUUGAGGGGUGUGGCUAGGAUGGUUGAGGUUAGGGGGGGACGAGGAGGGUUGGGGAUGAGGGGGAUUGUGGGGAAUAUGUUGGGGGUUUGUUAUGGGCCUUGGAUUGAGGGGUGGGUUGAGGGAGGGUUUUGA